AUGGGCCCGUCGACCGUCUUUGCGCGCCCCAUCGCCGCCGUCCACCGCCGCCUUGGCCGCCGCGCCCAGUGCUCCUCUGACCUCCCCGACUGGGGCUUCGGCCCCCACCACCGCGCUAUCCGCACCCUCAACGUCGCUGGUGCCGACCGCCAGUACCGCGUGCACCUCCCCGAGGACUACCCCGCUGAGGGCGGCCACGCCGUCGUGCUCUCCUUCCACGGGAACGGCGGCACUUCGAAGCACCAGGAGACCGCGACGGAGCUAUCGCACAGUGACGUGCGCAUCAACGGCAAGGGCAUCAUCGCGGUAUACCCGCAGGCCUCGAUUGGCGUCGGCCGCAAGGGCGAUGGCUCCGAUGCCAAGGCCAGCUGGCAGGGUGCACCAUACGCCGCUGCCGAACCUCACGAUAUCGAGUUCACGAUGCAGAUCCUCGACGACCUCGAGGCGAACCUGUGCGUGGACUCGUCGCGCAUCUACGCCUCCGGCAAGUCCAAUGGCGGCGGCUUCGUCAACCUCCUCGCGUGCACGCCCGAGGCGACCGCGCGCAUCGCCGCCUUCGCCAUGUCCUCGCCCGCGCUCUACCCGGGCACGCGCCCGGACACCUGCGCGCCCGACCGCCAGAUCCCGAUCCUCAUCGCGCACGGCACGAGCGACGGGACGAUCCCGUACGGCGGGCGCCGCUGGGGCACGCCGUACGAGGUGCCGAACAUCGACGACUUUGCGAAGGGCUGGGCGAGCCGCAAUGGACUCGUGGCGGAUAACUUCGGCACGGCGGAGCCUUUUACGCGCACGGAGCUGUGGGCGUGGGGCGGGGAGGGGGCGCGGGAUCGCGUCGAGCGCCUGAAGGUGGAUGGGCUCGAGCACGUGUGGCCGAGUCUCAAGGGCUUGGACCAGCUGGGGAAGGUCGCGCCGUUCGAGUUCACGGCCAGCGCGAUGAUGCCGUUCUUUGACAAGUACUCCUUGUGA